ACAGCCUAGAAGUAGGGCCUGGAAUUGCAGGAUUCACUCCCCUCCUGCAAGCUAGCCAGGCUUGAGGGAGUGACGGCCGCGCAUUGGCCAGACGAGAGCGAUGGGUGAGAACGCCACACCAGGUCUGAUCUCAGAGCUGAAGCUGGCUGUGCCCUGGGGCCACAUCGCAGCCAAAGCCUGGGGCUCCCUGCAGGGCCCUCCAGUUCUCUGCCUGCACGGCUGGCUGGACAAUGCCAACUCCUUCGACAGACUCAUCCCUCUUCUCCCGCAAGACUUUUAUUACGUUGCCAUGGAUUUUGGAGGUCAUGGGCUCUCGUCCCAUUACGGCCCAGGUGUCCCAUAUUAUCUCCAGACUUUUGUGAGUGAGAUCCGAAGAGUUGUGGCAGCCUUGAAAUGGAAUCGAUUCUCCAUUCUGGGCCACAGCUUCGGUGGCGUCGUGGGCGCAACGUUUUCCUGUACCUUCCCCGAGAUGGUGGAUAAACUUAUCUUGCUGGACGCGCCGCUAUUUCUCCUGGAAUCAAAUGAAAUGGAGAACUUGCUGAGAUACAAGCGGAGGACCAUAGAGCAUGUGCUGCAGGUAGAGGCCUCCCAGGAGCCCUCGCGCACGUUCAGCCUGAAGCAGCUGCUGCAGAGGUUACUGAAGAGCAAUAGCCACUUGAGUGAGGAGUGCGGGGAGCUCCUCCUGCAAAGAGGAACCAAGAAGGUGGCCACAGGUCUGGUUCUGAACAGAGACCAGAGGCUCUCCUGGGUAGAGAACAGCAUUGACUUCAUCAGCAGGGAGCUGUAUGCGUAUUCCAUCAGGAAGCUGCAGGCCCACGUGCUGUUCAUCAAAGCAGUCCACGGAUAUUUUGAUUCAAGAGAGAAUUACUCUGAGAAGAAGUCCCUGCCGUUCAUGAUAGACACGAUGAAAUCCACCCUGAAAGAGCGGUUCCAGUUUGUGGAGGUCCCAGGCAAUCACUGUGUCCACAUGAGCGAACCCCAGCACGUGGCCAGUAUCAUCAGCUCCUUCUUACAGUGCACACACACGCUCCCAGCCCAGCUGCAGCUCUGGGCCUGGAACUAUGAAGACCUAGUGCUCCCAGACUCAACACUGGGACUCUGAGUUCCUCAGCCCCACAACAAGGCCAGGGGUGGUAGGGACAGGCCUCACUGGUCUUCAGGCCCAGCCCAGGAUGGUAGUCAGGGGAAGGAGCGAGAUUCCAACUUCAACAUCUGUGGCCUCAAUGGGGAGACAGAGUCUGGGUUCGAGGGCUGCUGUCUCCUGGCUAAUAAUCUCCAGCCAGCUGGAGGAAGGAAGGGCAGGCUGGGCCCACCAAGCCUUUCCCUGCUGCCCAGCUGGAUGGAAAAUAAAAGGUUCUUGUAUUCUCA